AUGGCGAGUGCUCGAGGUGUCGCCAACACCGUCUUCAGGAUGCAACUACGCGGCCGCAAGCGCGAUUUCGCUUCAUCUGCUGCGGUGACCACCAGUAGCAGCGCUUCAAGUACUACAGCCGAGAAGAAGAGAGCCGUAAAGGCCAAAACGGCGUCUCUAGGGGCGAAAUCCGCUGGGACGAAGGUGGAAGUAAUUGCGCCGUCCAGUUCCAAGUUCCCAGUGCUGUCAGCGUUGACGGAGCGAGUGAAUCAAAGCUCAAGUGACUCUAAAAUUCUGCUGGAGUACUCAAAGCUGGUUCCGGCGCGGCUAAUUCGACGCUACAAGCGCUUCCUGGCUGAUGUCGUGCUGCUGGAUGGAGGUGUCAAGGACGACAGUACCAAGGCAGUGACAGAGGCCGAGGAACAGGAAGAAGCGGUGGUGACUGUGUACUGCCCGAACACGGGACCUAUGGUGGGGCUAUUGGACGGACUACCGAACGCUCGGGUGCAGCUGUCCAAGAGCGACGACCCCAAGCGCAAGUACGCGUACACGCUCGAGAUGAUCCAGAUCGAUAACGGAGAGCGAUACGUUUGGGUUGGUGUGCACUCUACUUCUGCGAACCGAAUGGUAGAGCAGGCGCUGGCAUCGCGGUGGUUUACUGAGCUUGGACACUAUGAUUCAGUUCGUCGCGAGGUGAAGUUUGCCAAGAACAGUCGCGUGGACUUCGUGUUGACCACAAACGCUGAGGAUGGCAGUGUCGCUCAUGAAAAGUACGUGGAGGUGAAAAGUGUCACGUUGGCACUCGAAGGAACUGGGGACGAGGACGCGUCUCGCUGCGCUGUGUUUCCCGAUACGGUGUCAACUCGUGCACAAAAGCACGUCACUGAGCUGACUGAGCUGCUGUCCGCUAAGGUCAAGUCUGACAAACCCAAGAAGGGGUCCAAGAAGGAGAAUACUGAGGCUACAGCAGCCAAGCUGAGUGGAGCUAUCAUAUUCUUGGUUCAGCGCGACGACUGCAGCGAGUUCGCUCCUUCUAUCCAACACGACAAGAAGUUCGCAGAGCUGUGCUCCGUGGCAGCCAAGAGUGGAAUUCAACUACUGGGGUAUUCGUGCGCAUUGAAGCCUGAUGAAGCGAAUAGUUCUGGGGCUGUAUCCCUGCUAGGGCCACUACCGCUGCAAAAAGCUGCGCCGUAGCAUGUACGAAGUAGAAUUUUAUGAGUAUGCAGUAGCAUACCUAUAAAGGACACGGUGCUUCCAGGCGAAGGCAAACGCGCAAGAUACGUUUUACUAGC